UAUAAAGCUCCUAAAUAUAUUUUUUUCCCGCUGAUUGUAUUUUGGCGCAAUAUUGUCCACUUUUCAUCCCAUCUUUUCGCUGCUUCUAUACUGGUGGACGGAGUGGUGGUUUUAGGCAGUUUCCCUCUUUGUUUCAGAGACAAUUUGGAGCUACAAUUCGAAGUUCACCCAAACCGGGCUUAGGAUUGUGCGAUUAGGGCUGAGGACUGUGCGACUGCUACUGGUGGUUUUCGGCCAUAGUCAGCUUCUGAGUUGGUGGGUUCCAGCGACGCUCAGAUCUAUAAAAAUGUCGUCGGAUAGAGAAUGGAUGUACGGGAUGAGAUUCAAUAAAGAUGGUACUUUAAAUAUGCAAUUUCAACAACCUGUUGAUUAUUUUCUGGAUUUUGCAUAUGAACAUGCAACGAACAUUGAAGAGGAAACUAUAGGCGGGGUCCAGAAGUUACUAAUUAGAUGCCCAUGUAGUAAAUGCAAAAACCGUUACUACAAGACGAGAAACGUUGUAUGUCUUGGAACACUAAAGAUUGGGAAAAGAAGUCCAAAGCAGGGAGAGAAAACCGGAAGAAUGACUUAUGUCGUCAUACAGGCGGGUCCAAAGGGUUUGACGAACACUGUCGCAACUUGGAAAAAAUAAAGGGUAAAAAGGUUGGAUUCGCGGAAGUAUUACUUCAUACCCACGCCACCAAAGAGUGUAAAAAGAGAUUAAAUGAUGGGGAGAUCAAUGCAAAUGACUAUGAUAAGUUACAGUUUGUUACCGAUCGUUCAAAACGUUCAUAUGUCUCUUAUAUGAAAAAACUUGAAAAUAAGUAUGGGAACACGGAUUGCGAUGAUAUGGAAGUGUGGGAGAGUCUGCAUCCCGAGUGUCAGGGUCGUCAGUUGUUUGCGGUAGGAUCUUCUGAUCCACAUUUUGUGUUGACUGGAACAACAUCUUCCACAGCUAGUGUGUCAGAUACCCGACAAUCGCAUGAGCUCCAAAAAGUUCAAGCUGAACUAGAAAAGGAACGAGAGGCUCGACAAAACAUUGAAGCCCGUUUUGAACAAUUUGAACAAGAGCGGGAACAAGAAAGGGUUGAACGUGAACGAGAGCGGGAACAAGAACGUGUUGAACGUGAACGAGAGCGGACCGAACAUGCUCGAUGGCAGAAAUACAUGGAAGCAAAGUUUAAUAAAUUUGGAAAAAAGUAAUUUUUUUUAUGUAUGUUAAAGAUCAUGUUAGUUUUGUUACAAAAACGUGCAUUUUGUUUUUUAUUCUAAGACUACAUGUUUUUUUUUUUUUGUAGGAAUCUUUAGGAUUUUCUGCAAUUUAUUUAAAAGAAUUUGGUUUUC